UUAAUUUUGCGUGUGUGCGGACUACCACGUGAAAAGCGAAGAGGUCUAUUACGUUGGUUUGACUGCGCUUAAAUCGAGGAUCGCGCUUUGUGAUACGCGUCAUACGCGCAAAGAGCAGAUUUUUUGCUUACAGAAGAUUCCAAGGAUUCAGUCAACGUGCUGUAAUUGUGUGUUUGUUACGACAACGAAGGGACGAUGCCGAACAUGAAGAACAAAAUGAGCAAGAGAGUGUCGUGCCGGCAGCGCUACAAAGUGGAAAAGAAGGUACGACAGCACCUCAAGAAAAAAAGAAGAGAGGCGAAAAAGAAUCCCAGCAAACACAAGCCAAAGGACCCUGGCAUACCCAACAGCCUUCCCUUCAAAGGAGCGAUUCUCAAGGAGGCACAGCUGCAGCAGCAGAUGCGUGAAGAGGAGCGGCGCCGCCAGAAAAAAGCUCGGCAGGAGCAGCACGCCAAACACCGGGACCUCGGUGAAUUACAGGCUGAUGCCAUUAAACGCCAAGCCCAGCAUGCUGCUGUCAGCGGAAUGCUGCAUGAUCACCUGGUGCAAACAGGCCAGGACCAUCUUCUCAAGGAGCUGUCUAACCGGACAGGAUAUCAGGAACUGCGUAAAGUUGUAGAGGGGGCUGACGUUGUGCUGCAGGUUCUUGAUGCCAGGGAUCCACUGGGAACACGCAGUCCACAGUUGGAGCAGCUGGUGCAGUCACGGGGAAAACGCCUUGUGUUGCUCCUCAACAAGAUCGAUUUGAUUCCACGAGAGAACUUGACAAAAUGGCUGCGCUACCUGCGUCGAGAGCUGCCCACCAUUGCUUUCAAGGCAUCCACCCAGUCUCAGAAGCAGCACUUGUCCCAGCAGAAGGCGGCCCCUGAUGUGGAGACGCGUGCCUGCCUGGGUGCCCAGCUGUUGCUGAAGCUGCUGGGCAACUACUGUCGCAACAAGGGGAUCCAGGGGUGCAUCACUGUCGGCGUCGUGGGCUAUCCCAAUGUCGGCAAGAGCAGUCUGGUCAACAGCCUGAAGAGGUCGCGAGCCUGCACUGUUGGAGCUGUGCCUGGUGUCACGAAGUGCAUGCAGCGAGUCCAGUUGGACAAGCACGUGUGGCUGCUAGACAGUCCCGGUGUAGUGCUGGCCUCGGGCGAUGCGACCGAGGCCACGGUGGCGCUGCGCAACGCCAAGAGCCCCCAGUCCCUGGAGGACCCCGUGGGGCCUGCCUGCUCCAUCCUGCGACGAGCAUCGCGUGAGCAACUCAUGCUCCAGUACCGGCUACCCGAGUAUGGGUCGCCAGAAGAGCUGCUGCUUAUGCUGGCAAAACGUAUGGGGCGGCUUCGCAAGGGUGCCCUGCCUGAUGCAGGGGCAGCAGCUCGCAAGAUCCUCUCCGACUGGAACUGUGGCCGCAUCAAGUACUGCACGGAACCUCCCGAGGAGAAGUCGAGUGUGGAAGGCACCAGCAUCGUGUCGGCCAUGGCAGCCGAGUUUGACUUGGACGAAAUCGCCGAAGAAGAGGAGCAUGAGCUGAAAGGUCUUCCCGUAGUUCGGCCAAUGGAUGUUGUUCCUCUGGAAUCCAUGGGAACGGCAGACAUGGCACCCGAGGAAGAAACCACCGCAUCGAUGGACACUGGCCAGAAUUUGAUUGAACACUACAAGGAAUACAAAAAUCUUCACUCCUACAGCACAAAACGAGUCGGGCCGCAGUGGACGACGGAAGCAUCACGCAAGAAGACGGUAAGCUCCAGGCUGGCUUCCAAGAGUGAAAGUGUCAUUGAACCGAAGCUGCAACAGAAUAAGGCUCGACGGAAAGAAUUCAAGAAGAUGCUCAAGAAGCGUAAGCGAUCUGACAAGGUUGCAUCUGCACUUUCGGACUCCUUAGCAUCUGCCCUUGCUGGCUUGGGUGGAACUGAAUGAACAUAUUAAACUUAAUUCUGAAUGAA